CUGGUGUAACUGACAUUGAUGUAUGCAGAAUUAUGUCUAUAUGUACACGAAAACAACAGUCCUACACAGAAUUAUAGUUUCAAAGGUAACAGUGUUGGAUCAUUUUGAUGUUGUCUACUAGAACUACGCUUCAUAUGGUGAGCAGGAUGGGUUUCAGAUCCUACUGUCAACGACGACUAUUUCAUCAAAUGGCAAGAAGAUGCCAUGGAGGAAUAGGGCAUAAACCAAAUCUAUUACAGAUUGCAGGCUUACAUACUGACCUUCCAAGUGAUACCUCACCUGGACCUGUAGACUGUGAUAGGGUUAAAGAUCAUCAAAGGCAUAUUCCAGUCAUGGCAGAGGAAGUGAUGGAACAUCUCCAACCAAAAGAUAACCAGAUUUAUAUUGACAUGACCUUUGGAGGUGGAGGUCACACAAAAGAGAUACUGGCUCGGGCCCCUGAUGCUAAAGUUAUCUGUGUAGACAGGGAUCCAUCAGCCAUCAAGAUUGCCAAGGAACUUGCCAACAGAUACAGCCCUGGUCAGGUCAUGACAUGUCACUCCAAGUUUUCAUUGAUCCAUACAAUUCUUCCUGAGCUGGGUGUGAUGCCUGGGACAGUGGAUGGUGUGCUGUUUGAUGCUGGAGCAUCAUCCAUGCAGUUUGACGAGGGAGAGCGAGGCUUUGCUCUUAGUGUAGACGGCCCAUUGGAUAUGAGAAUGGAUCAAAGCUGUGACAACAAUGAACCCACAGCAGCUGAUGUUGUAAACAGUUUUGAUGAACAGGAGCUAGGCCUCAUCAUCAAAAAAUACAGUGGAGAGAAAAAUGCCAUGAAAAUUGCCCAUGCCAUUGUGGAGUCACGCUCAGCUUUUGGUCAAAUCUCCCGCACACAACAACUGGCAGACAUCAUUGCCAGUGCCUUUCCUGAUGUUUUACAAUACAGCAAGAAAGACAAGCUAAGGCGUUCGACACACAUAGCAACACAAACAUUUAUGGCACUCCGAAUAUUUGUCAAUAAUGAGUUAAAUGAAUUGAACAAUGGGCUGGAAGUGGCUCACUAUUAUCUCCGGCCAGGUGGAUGUUGUGUGGCCUUGACCUUUCAAUCCCUAGAGGACCGUAUUGUGAAAAGGCACUUUCAUGAUAUAGAUCUGGAUGCUAAGCCAAAUCUGAGUCUCCGUCAGAUGCGAUAUAAGCAGGCAUCCACCACUGAACUUGAACAGAUUAUAUACAAACAAUGGACACCUAUCAGUAAACGAAUCCUUAUACCGUCAUCUUCUGAAUGUGAAAGGAAUCCACGAGCACGAUCUGCCAAACUGCGUGCUGCAGUCAAGAGUCUGUAAGGAUGAACAUAAACAUGAACUACAUGCAAGAUUCUGGACACCUUACUUGUUUGUUAACUUACUUUACUUCAGUCAUCUUUGGCAUUCACAUGUUGUGAAUAAGAUGUUUUGUUGAUAAAUUGGUGUGAAAUUAAGUUUGUACAAAAGAGAAAAGGUGAAAGUCAACUUACAAAUUAGAUAGCAAUUAAACUUUAAACUUUAAAAGAUAUAACUUCUAAUGAAAAUUUCUGUAGUUAAAAGUGAGAUAACUUGUAGCUGAUGCCCAUGGUGAUCUGUUUAUAUCUUGUGGAGGCAAGUGAUAAUUUUAAUUACAUCCAAGGUAUAACAACAUCCGUGCCUGAAACCUUGAUGACACAGCAAAUUUAAAUCACCAAGGAAGAUGUGUCAUGGUGGUAGUCUUACAACAGAAAUAAAAAAUUGUCAUUAUCAGUUUCAAA